AUGCCUCGAUCAUUUUUGGUGAAGAGUAAAAAAUGCUCCUCAUAUAAUGUGCACCGAUUUGCGGAUCCGGACCAAACCGCGCACCACGAAUCCAACACAGUUCCAGAACCAGUCCUAUCAGAACCAAAUGAACCAGACUCUCCAAAAAGCUUGCGGUCUGAUCCAUCGCCAGAACCCGUCCAAUCAGACCCUUACUCUUUUGUGAAGUGUGAAGAUGAGGCCGAGUGUCCAAUCCUGGUGCGUCCUGAGCCCACAGUCCCAACCGGCCGUCCAUUUUUCAUGAAUGAGCCUCAGCUGGCGGAAUAUCCUCCCUACUAUAAGACACCGUAUGCCUGGGACGCCCUGACUCCUCCGUAUGAUUUUAGGCAGAUGGGCUUUCACUCGACCAUCCUUCAACAUGCCAAUAACCUGUAUAGAUCCGAAUUCAAGCAGAGCCCAGAGCAAGCACAGCCACUGGACUGUAGUACCCACUACUCGCCCACCUCCGACACCUACCACUGCAUCACCUGCAAUAAGGUGUUCUCCACUCCACAUGGCUUGGAGGUUCAUGUCAGACGUUCUCACAGUGGAAUUCGACCGUUCGGAUGCAACGUCUGCAGAAAAACCUUCGGCCAUGCGGUCAGCUUAGCGCAGCACAUGAACAUUCACUCCCAGGAGAGAAGUUUCGAGUGUAAAAUGUGCGGGAAGACGUUCAAGCGUUCCUCCACCCUGUCCACGCACCUGCUGAUCCACUCGGACACGCGGCCGUACCCCUGUCAGUACUGCGGCAAGAGGUUUCACCAGAAGUCCGACAUGAAGAAGCAUACCUACAUCCACACAGGAGAGAAACCACACAAGUGCCAGGUUUGUGGGAAAGCCUUCAGCCAGAGCUCCAAUCUGAUCACACACAGCCGCAAACACACAGGAUUCAAACCGUUCGGCUGCGAGAUCUGCGCCAAGGGCUUCCAGAGGAAGGUGGACCUACGCCGGCACCACGAGAGCCAGCACAGCUUAAAGUGA